AUGAGUUACUUCCUAUCUUACUGUAAAGCUCAUGGCAGCGCAUUGCUCACCGGCUACCAGGCUCUGCGCGCGGAGGGCUUCCUGUGCGAUGUGACGCUGGAGGCCGAGGGCAGCGAGUUCCCGGCCCACAGGUCGCUUCUCGCUUGUUCCAGCGACUACUUCAGGGCCCUGUUCAAGAGCCACACCCGGGAAUCCAGGGCGAGCGUAAUCCACCUGCACGUGCCGUCGGCGGCCGGCCUGCAGCGCCUGCUGGACUUCAUCUAUACCGCCUGGCUUCCGCUCUCCAUGGACACGGUGGAGGACACGCUCGAGGCCGCCAGCUAUCUGCAAGUCACCGAAGCCCUCGGGCUGUGCGGCCGCUACCUGGAGCGCCAGCUGUCUCCAGAGAACUGCUGCUUCGCCGCCAACAUGGCGGCGCGCUUCGGCCUGGCGCACACGUUAGGCGAGGCCGAGCGCUGCAUCUUGCGGCACCUGCGGGAGCUGCUGGUGCAGGGCGCGGGCCCCGCGGGGCUGCUGGAGCUGAACCCCACGUCGCUGAAGGCUGUGUUGGGUGCCCCCGACGUGGCGCGGGUGCCUGAGACCUGGCUGCUGGAGCUGGCGCUGGCCUGGCUGCGGCAGGAGCCCGAGGCCGAACGCCUGGCGCACUGCGCCUCACUGCUCGAGCGCGUUCGCUUCGGCCUGGUGCCUGCCCACGUGCUGCGGCGCGUGUACUCGGGCUCGGGCCUCGUGCUGCCCGCCCGGGUCAAGGGCCUCAUAAUCCAGGCCCUCAACUACCACACGGCGCCCUCCCGUCAGCCGCUCGUGCAGGGCGAGCAGACCAGUGUCCGGAGCCCCCAAACCCGCAUCUUGUUGGUUGGAGGGUGCAGGGCGCGGGAGGCGGUGACCGAGGAGGUCGCGGCCCCACAGGGGGUAGCCAGGGUCAGGGGCGCCGUGGUGGAGCCCGAGGAGGAGGAGGAGGAGGAGGAGGAGGAGGGGGAAGAUGGGCAGUUGGAAGAGGAGGAGGAAGAUUGGGAGCUCACCCAGGAUGUGGUGGCCUUCGAUGUGUACAACCACCGCUGGCGCAGUCUCACGCGGCUGCCUGCACCGCUCCUGGGGCACAGCGUGUGCACCUCGGGCAAUUUCCUGUUCGUCCUGGGCGGGGAGAGCCCUUCUGACGGCGCCUCCUCGGCGCCGGGGGACGGUCAGCGGGCCGUCACGGCUCAAGUGCACCGUUACGACCCGCGCUUCCACGCUUGGACUACGGUGCCCGCUAUGCGAGAAGCGCGGGCCCACUUCUGGUGCGGCGCGGUGGGCGAGGGGCUCCUGGCCGUCGGCGGUCUGGGCGCCGACGGCGAGGCGCUCGCGUCGGUAGAGAUGUACGACCUGCGCCGGGACCGCUGGAGCGCGGCCGGGGCCCUGCCGCGGGCCUUGCACGGCCACGCGGGGGCCGUCGGGGACCGCUGCGUCGUGUACAUCUCUGGGGGUAAGGCGGGGAGAGGCGAAGGCGGCGCGAGCAGCCUCCGGGACGUGUACGCCUUGGGCCCGGGAGAGCGAGCGUGGAGCAAGAGGGCGCCCAUGAGCACUGCCCGCUUCGGGCACCACAUGGCUGUGCUGCGCGGCGCGGUGUUCGCUUUUCUGGGGCGCUACGAGCCCUUCUCGGAGAUCGAACGCUACGACCCCGGCGCGGACCAGUGGACUCGGCUGCGGCCGCUACCCUACGACCGCUUCUGCUACGGGCUGGCCGUCGUGGAGGAGACUGCGCUGCUGCUGGGCGGCCUCAAGUGGCGGGAUUCGCGGCAGGUGUCUGCCCGCAACGUGGUGGGCUACGACCUCGACCUGGACCGCUGGGAGGACAUAGGCUGCACCCUGCCCUGGGCCUGGAACGGUCUCCAGUGUGCAGUGCUGCAGCUGGCGGAGGGUGGGGAGGAGGAGAGGGAGGGAGCGCUCAGGGAGGCGCCAGAUUUAGUGCGGGGCUUAAUGGGUUAG